CUCUUUCUUGAAUAUAACCGGCAUUGUAUGUAACAUGUGACGUAAAUAGAGGAGGUUUCCAGUCAUAUGAGUUGGUUAUGAAGAUGUUUUCCAAUACUCUUUUAACAUUUGCAUUUCUAUUAACAGUUUUACCUGUAGCAUUCUUUGAAGAAACUUGCAAACGAACUUUCAAAGUUGAUUACGAUAAAAGAACUUUUUUGAAAGAUUCAAAGCCUUUUCGAUAUGUCUCGGGCAGUUUGCACUACACCAGGGUUCCACCAGAGCUCUGGAAAGAUCGCCUAACAAAGAUGAAGUAUGCUGGUUUAGACGCAAUCCAAACAUACGUCCCUUGGAACCUUCAUGAACCUAGCCCAGGUCUAUAUCAUUUCGAAGGAAAUGCUGACCUAGAGCUAUUUUUACAAACUGCAGCAGAUGUGGGAUUGCUGGUAUUACUUAGACCAGGUCCUUAUAUUUGUGCCGAAUGGGACUUUGGUGGUUUUCCAUCAUGGUUAAUUCAGCAAAAUGCAUCUACGGUAUUAAGAACAUCCGAUCCGCGAUUCAUGAAACCGGCAGUAAGAUGGCUAUCAUUCUUAUAUGAAAAACUUAAAAAAUAUACCUAUUGCAAUGGUGGCCCUAUAAUAAUGGUUCAAAUAGAAAAUGAAUAUGGAAGUUAUGGAGUUUGCGAUAAAGUUUAUAUGAAAAAUUUGGUAAAAAUUGCUAAAAGUGUUUUGGGUGAAAGUAUAGUCCUCUAUACGACGGACGGAAAUGUCGCUCAGGAUCUAAAAUGUGGGACAUAUCCAGGAGUUUUUGCAACCGUAGAUUUCGGAACAGGACAAAAUGUUUCUCAAGCAUUUCAACCAUUAGACCAGAUGCAAAAGGGACCAAGAGUCAAUUCCGAAUUCUAUGUUGGAUGGUUGGAUUAUUGGGGUUCACCACAUGCAAAAGUCUCAACAGCAGCUAUAAUUAAAUCCUUAAAAAAUUUGUUAGAUUACGGAGCAAGUGUAAAUAUGUAUAUGUUCGAAGGAGGAACUUCAUUUGCUUAUUGGAAUGGUGCUGAUCCUCCAUUCAAAGUUUGCCCAACUUCAUAUGACUACGAUGCUCCACUAUCCGAAGCAGGUGAUAUGACUUCGAAGUUUGAAGCUAUACGCAAGCUUUUAGGAAAAUACAAACAACUUUCACCUAUGAAUCCAGUCCCAAAAAAUUCUACGAAAUUAAAUAUUGGACCAGUCAAAAUGACAAAGAUAGCUUCUAUAACAGAUACUAAACACAUUGUUUUGGCUAAGUCUGUUUAUCCAAUCUCUCAAGAAGACUUAUCUCAGUCUAUGGGAUUUACUCUCUAUAGGACUAAUCUGUCAGAGCGUUUUUAUCAAGCAAUAUUAAACGUGUCGGGAAUAAGAGAUAGGGGAUAUAUAAGCGUAAAUGGACUAUAUCAAGGAACAGUCGAUAGAAAUGAAAAUACAUUCCUUAAUAUAUCUGGUGGCAAAGAUCAAGUUUUAGAUAUUUUGGUUGAGAACCAAGGUAGAAUAAACUUCGGUAGUCAAAUAACACAGAAUAGAAAAGGUCUAAUUUCAAACGUUACGUUGAACAAUCGUAUACUAAAAAAUUGGGAAAUAUCAAGAGUAGACCCACUACUUGUUAACGCAGUGAAUAAGUCUCAAUGUGCAAAAGGUCCAACAGUUUUUGAAGGAGUAUUUAAAAGUCCCAGAGAACUUGGCGAUAUGUUUGCAUAUUUUCCCAAUUGGACCAAAGGCCAACUAUUCGUAAACGGUUACAAUUUGGGACGCUACUGGCCCAAGAAAGGACCGCAGAUUUCGCUCUAUAUCCCAUCGGCUAUAUUGCUUUCACCAGGCUAUCAUAAUACUAUUAGAAUACUGGAAUUGGAAGAAGUCGACUGUAUCCAGAAAGGACAUAAUAUCUAUUUGAAAAAUGUUCCAGAUAUCGACGGACCUACAUCUUUGUAA